AUGAAAAAGAGUAAUAGCAAGAUCUCAACAUGGGAUACCUUAUCUCAUCUCCUUCAUAACCACAAGGUCCAAAACCACAAGCAUUCCCAUAACCAAGUGUUCAUCAAUUUCCGCGGAAAGGAGCUACGCUGCAGCUUUGUGAGCCACCUCGUUGACGCCUUUAAAAGACAUGGAAUUAACUUCUUCAUAGACAAAGACGAGCAGAAAGGGAAACACCGCAAGCAUCUCUUUGCGAGGAUCAAACAGUCGAGGAUGGCUCUGACUAUAUUCUCAAAAAGGUACGCCGAGUCACGCUGGUGCCUCAACGAACUCGCCAAGAUAAAGAAAAGAGCUGAUAAACGCAAACUACAAGUGGUUCCCAUCUUCUUCAAGGUGAAGGCAGAGUCUGUUAGAUACCAAAAGGCUGAAUUCGGUCGUAACUUCUGGAGGUUAGCUAAGACUUCAAGUGGUGAACAGAUCAAGACAUGGAAGGAAGCUUUGGAGUCUGUCUCUGACAAGAUGGGCUUGUCAUUAGGCGAAAACAGCUCUGAGGCGGAUUUUAUAGAGGAGAUUGUUAAAGAGGUUAAAAGAGUUGUCGCCGUCUAG